CCGGAUUCCGCCGCGCGCGAGGAGGCGGCCACGUCCCGCCGGCGAAUUCCCGUCCCCGCCACCCAUUUCCCCAGGGGCUAGAUUGAUUUUCGUUCAAAGCUCGCGUCUUUUCGUACGGCCGCUCGCCGGAGCACGCGAGAGGCGGCGGCGGCUGGAUGGGGAUGGGCGUGCUGGCGUCGCAGCUGGCGCGGCAGCUGGGCGGCGCGCUCUCGACCUCGGACCACGCGUCCGUCGUCUCCAUCAACCUCUUCGUGGCGCUGCUCUGCGCCUGCAUCGUCCUCGGGCACCUCCUGGAGGAGAACCGGUGGCUCAACGAGUCCAUCACCGCGCUCAUCAUCGGGCUGUGCACCGGCGUGGUGAUCCUGCUCACCACCCAGGGGAAGAGCUCGCACGUGCUCGUCUUCAGCGAGGACCUCUUCUUCAUAUACCUCCUGCCACCCAUCAUCUUCAACGCAGGUUUCCAGGUCAAGAAGAAGCAGUUCUUCCGGAAUUUCAUGACCAUCACAUUAUUUGGUGCUGUUGGGACAAUGAUAUCAUUCUUCACCAUAUCUCUUGCUGCCAUUGCAAUAUUCAGCAGAAUGAAUAUUGGGACACUGGAUGUGGGGGAUUUUCUUGCAAUUGGAGCUAUUUUUUCGGCGACAGAUUCUGUCUGCACUUUACAGGUUCUCAAUCAGGAUGAGACGCCCUUUCUGUAUAGUCUCGUUUUCGGUGAAGGUGUUGUGAACGACGCCACAUCAGUCGUGCUUUUCAACGCACUCCAGAACUUUGACCUUAACCACAUCGACACAAUGGUCAUUCUGAAGUUUUUGGGGAACUUCUUGUACUUAUUUGUGUCAAGCACCUUCCUAGGAGUAUUUUCUGGAUUGCUCAGUGCGUACAUAAUCAAGAAACUGUACAUAGGAAGGCAUUCUACUGACCGUGAAGUUGCACUUAUGAUGCUCAUGGCCUACCUCUCAUAUAUGCUAGCUGAGCUUCUAGAUUUGAGUGGCAUCCUCACUGUAUUCUUCUGUGGUAUUGUGAUGUCACACUAUACUUGGCAUAAUGUGACAGAGAGCUCAAGAGUUACAACCAAGCAUGCUUUUGCAACCUUGUCCUUCAUCGCUGAGACUUUUCUCUUCCUCUAUGUUGGGAUGGAUGCAUUGGAUAUUGAGAAGUGGAAAUUCGCCUCUGACAGCCCCGGCAAGUCCAUCGGGGUAAGUUCAAUUUUGCUAGGAUUGGUUCUGGUUGGAAGAGCUGCUUUUGUUUUCCCGCUCUCGUUCUUAUCCAACUUAACAAAGAAGACGCCCGCUGAAAAAAUAAGCUGGAGGCAGCAAGUCGUAAUAUGGUGGGCUGGGCUAAUGAGAGGAGCUGUGUCAAUUGCUCUUGCUUACAAUAAGUUUACCAGGGCAGGUCACACACAGCUACACGGCAACGCGAUAAUGAUCACCAGCACCAUCACCGUCGUUCUGUUUAGUACCAUGCUGUUUGGCAUGAUGACAAAGCCUCUGAUCCGGUUCCUGCUGCCUGCAUCGAGCAGUGCCAUCUCGGAGCCCUCGUCACCGAAAUCCCUGCACUCUCCUCUCCUGACAAGCUUGAUAGGCUCGGACCUGGAGACGGCUAUCCCCAUGGUUAGGCCCUCCAGCCUCCGGAUGCUCCUGACCAAGCCAACCCACACCGUCCACUACUACUGGCGCAAGUUUGAUGAUGCACUGAUGCGCCCGAUGUUCGGAGGGCGCGGGUUCGUGCCCUACACCCCAGGAUCACCCACUGAUCCGAAUGUACCCAUCGAGCGGUUAACGUCCAUAUAAAACCGAGAAGCCAUGACAGCUUCAGAAGACGCUUGAACUGUUACAAAGAGAAGGGAGCAUUACAGCUUCAGAAGAAAGCGAGUUUUCAGCGUAUAUACAAAGUAUGGCUGCUUAUGAGUGGCUCAUUGUUCGGCGAUCCAGAAGGUUAAAGAAAGGGGCCUUCUGAUCAUGGUUCAGAUGAACGGUUGGUUACGGCACCAACAGGAAGAUGAACCCUGAGUAACGAUGAUGCGGCCAUCGCCUUAUCGGUUACGACAAGCCUGUAAAUUUUGGUAGAUUAAUAACAAGCCACCUGUAUCUUAUGAUCGCUACUACAGCAAACUGGUCAUUCCUUGCUCCUUGCUCGGAAUCUGACCUCCUGCUUAAUCUCCUCCCCCAUUUUCUAAUGGAGUGGUGUGUAUUGUGCCAAGCUUUGUCAAAUAAGUGAUUAUUUUGUAGCCUGGUUGCUACAAAGAACU